AUGCUGUUGGUGACGCACGCCACGGCUUCGCGCUUUGAGUCUCGCAUGGCCAUUGUUGACACAAAGCUUUCCGUGAAAUUGGAUCCAAGCGUACAGCAUAUUCCGCUAGACCCGGCAGAGGCGCAUCUAAGGCCUCCGCCAGCGCUAAUUCCUGUCUCGUUCGACAUUUUUGUUGGUCUUUCAGUCUUUCGAGAUGGUUUCCGCUGCGGAAAAACAAUAUUUACUGCAAUAAGGCGAGCCAAGUAUCCAGAGCGACUCUUCUUUGGUGUUGUGGAUCAGAUAAAUGAAAGUGACGAACGCUGCCUCGAUGAAUACUGUAAGAUGUCGGAGGCCGAGUGGCCUGAUGAGGGUCCGUGUCCAUACAAGGACCAUAUCCGCGUGGACAUACGUGAAGCGAACAAGUCACGUGGCCCGACGCUCGCGCGUUUCUAUCAGCAAAAACUAAUCCGUCACGAGGAAUUUUGUCUGCAACUUGACGGUCACAGUAUUUUCACUAAUCUUUGGGACGAGAAUUUGCUGGCUGAGUGGAAACGUGUGAACAAUGAAAUGGCUGUGCUUUCCACAUACUUGCACCACCUUCAUAACUUCGUGAAAGAAAAUGGCGAUAAUGCGCUUUCCGCAUCAGUCCCACAUCUGUGCUCAACCACGCGUGGCACCCAUGGCCUUGUGCGCACUGUUGGCGCAAGUAUGAUUCGGGGCUCUAAGUUUCCACAGCUACAGGCACUUUGGGGUGCCGGUUUGUCUUUUAGCAAGUGCCACGCUGAGCACCGUGUACCAGUAGAUUCACACACAUUAUGGAUGUUCGACGGCGAGGAGUUUUUGCGUGCGUCUCGUUUGUGGACAAGUGGCUACGACUUUUACUCCCCCAGUGAGCUUGGCUCCGUGAUUUACCACAAUUAUUCCAGAGUGCCGGCUCGCUUUGAGCGUAUUACGGUCGAUAAGCAGACAAAAAAGCGAGAGGUCGAGAUGGCUGUUAAUCGCUUUAAUCACCUGCUUGGAAAGCCUGUUAAGGGCUUGAUUGACACUUUUGAGCUCGACAAGUACGGUCUUGGCUCAGUGCGAUCUCUAAAAUCUUAUUUAACUUUUUCUGGUGUAAAUUUCAAGAAAGGUUCAAACGAUACCGGUUCAUGCAAACAGCUACACUGGGUUCCUUACGAUAAUGCGACGGAGGUGGAGGCUUUGAUGGGAAAUGGCUGGACACUUUCGAGAUCGGCAACAGCCGCUGGCCGCUCAACGAUGGCACGGCGCGGAGAGGAUGCUGAUAACGAGAAUGGCACAGACUUUGGUGUUGACGAGCAGUUAGAGAGGGCAAAGGCACGUCUACGGCAGAAAAUAGUGAAUAGCCGCAUGGCUAGAAGUCCGUCUACUACACCAAUUUGGUUCAUUAUACUCGUAGUCAUGGUCGCCCUACUUGUGGCGCUUUCUAAUGAUAGUAUGUCGCGCUUUAUUCGAUUACAGAUUCGCGCAUCGUCACUUACGCAUCCCAGCAACACUGAAUUGCAUUAA